UAUUCCUUCUGACCGAUGGAAAGUUGGCCUGCAUGUUGCUCGUACCACAGGAAUUUAAACGGGGAUAUAAGUAUAAGAACAGGGAGACGGGGAGUCGUUCGCGGUAGUGUGAGGCAUAAAUGCGCCGGCACCACACCCAGCGUGACCACCAUUGCGACACACACACGGGACACUGCCAUGCGCGUCGCGGUGAUCUUGUUGGCAUGCGUCGCUGUGCUUGUUUCAGCUCAAUUUAACCAAGAUGAUAAUAUACCACAAAAAGGAGGGUCAUCUUUACGAUCAACUCGUUUUCAGAGAUUGCCAUCUGCUCGACCAGCAGUUCCAACUGCACUUGCGAAUCAACGAAUUCGUCGACCAAUUACAUUUAGAUCUAGAAUCGAAGAUUCAAUUGGAACAGGACCAGGCUCCUUUACACCGAUUAAGUCAUUGAAACCAAAUUUACCUACUGGACCAGCAUCACUUCCUCCACAAAUUAAACCAGUAAACGAAGAACCAGAUGAAGGAAUUCGAAUUCACGAAUCACCUCGAGAACAUGAUAAUCAGGAUGAUGAUACCAAUAUAAGUGACGAGCCGUUGGAUAGUCAAGAGGAAAGUGAAGAAAAUAUACCACGUACCGUUGCAAAUCUUGCUUCUAUAUCAAAAACUGCUAAUACUGUCUCAACAGCUCAAUCGGGACAAUAUCGUCCUGUUUCGGGGACAGGAAGUCCAACCACUAGAGGAAGCGGAUUUCCAACAGCACCGUCAGCACCAGUUCAAUAUCGACCGACAUCAAAACCGAACAAAUCAAGAAAACCGAUAGACGAACCAUUUAAGCAACAAGUUAAAUCAUCUACAAAACCAGUGAAAUCAUCUCAACUUUACGACACUCGUGGAAAGAAACCUGUUGCACAGAUUAUAAGACGAUAUCGUAACGAUAAUUCGGAUGGCUCAAUCACAUGGGGCUUUGAAAACGACGAUGGAUCAUAUAAAGAAGAAAUAAUCGGUAUUGAUUGUAUCACCAGAGGUAAAUACGGUUAUAUCGAUCCAGAUGGCAUUCGUCGAGAAUACACGUAUGAAACUGGAAUCAAAUGCGAUGAAGAACAACGAGAAGAAGAAGAGAAUGGAUUUGUGGAUUAUCAAGAGAAUAAAUUAGUACUUCCUGAUGGUAAAACUAUAGAUCUAUCGAGCAUGGGUAAGAAACAAGCUCGUAGACCUCGUUCUCUUCAAAGGAAUUAAUAAUAUUUCAAUAAUUUUUUUGUCUUCAUUUAAAACAUCGAAUUACAUAAAAAUCGAUAAAAAUUUUUUUCGUGAUUAUACAUUUGUUGAAAAAAAAAGUAGAGCUUUAUUAAAUAAAACAUAUAAAAUAAUAUAAAAUAAUAAAUUAAGUUAUUAAAUUAGCAAUUAUAUAUUGUAAUUAACAAUUAUAUUUUAUGAAAAUAAUGACGGUCUAAUUUGCAGAAGAUAUUAAAUAAUUUAUUUUUUUAAAUAUCAAACUAAUAAUAUACAUUGUGUCAUGACUAUCAUUACUAUGCUUUUUAUUCUGAAAUUUAUAAUUAGUAUAUAAUUAUUUAGUUAUAAUUUAUUUAGUAUAUAAUUAUAUCAUGUACAUAAUAUAUAUGUUUAGAUACUUGUAUUGAACUCGUCGAAUAAAAAUGACAAAAAUAUUCUUAACAUGCUGCGUAAUCAUAAACAAAUUUACAAAUGUUAUAAACAAUCUAAUUUAUAUUUAAUAAUAUAUAAUUUUGUAUACAAUAUAUAUAAAUAAUAAGUAAAAAUGACAAAAUUAA